AUUGUCACCGGUGCCCCCAACAACACUCCAAUUGAGCACGGUGUUGCUGAUAGUGGUGUCAGGGACGCUGGAAAUUUUGCAUUGCCUGUUUUGUUGUCUUUAAUUCUAAGCAUGUCAAAGCAGUAGCUUGCUUGGAUUUCCUCACACCACUUAGGGUACCACAUUCCGGUAUUGCUUUGACAUCUCCGAUCCACGACCGAUUGACAUUGAAAUCCUUCCGACUUUUUACCUCACCACAUACAUUACACUCCAAUAUGCUUCAGACUCGCUUGGCCCUUACGGGCCUUCGUCUUCCGUUUCGAACCUUGUCUACGGCCGUUUCGUCGCGGGCCUAUUCGACUGUCGUUCGCGAGCAAGAGAAUCCGUCCGCUGACGAGCCUGCAAGUUCGACCUUCGACCCCAGUAUCGCCUUCGCCCCUCCACCCACUCGUGAUGACGCCGGUAUCCUUCUACGCUCCUACACUCCACGAACUCCCGGUAUCAGACAUUUGCGCAGACCGAUCAAUGACCACCUGUGGAAAGGACGCCCGGUGCAGAAGUUGACCUUCCCCAAACGAGGUCAAGCCAAGGGUGGUCGUAACAACUCCGGUAGAGUGACUGUCCGCCAUCGCGGUGGUGGCCACAAGCGUCGUAUACGAAUGGUUGAUUUUGCGCGUGACGCUCCCGGUCCGCACGUGGUGGAACGUAUCGAACAUGACCCUGGUCGGAGUGCUCACAUUGCUCUCGUCCGUAGCCAGGAGACCAAGAAACUCAGUUACAUCCUGGCUGCGGAGGGCAUGCGGGCUGGUGACGUUGUCCACAGUUACAUGUCUGGUAUCCCGGAGGAACUCUGGAAGAGCAUGGGAGGUACUGUAGACCCUGGUGUCCUCGCUGCCAGAACCGCGUGGAGAGGAAACUGCCUGCCGCUGCACAUGAUGCCUGUUGGUACUCUGGUCUUCAACGUUGGCCUACGCCCUGGUCAGGGAGGCCAGCUCUGCCGUAGUGCCGGUACUUUUGCGACAGUUAUCGCCAAGGGUAUCGAUAUUAAGGCGAAGCGUGAUCAUUCGGACGGCCAAGAAGGCGAGGCCGGGGCCGUUGAGCAGAAGCCUCUCACGCAACGCGAGAGGCAAAGAAAGGAGCGCAUUUCUCAACAUGUCACCAUCCGUCUUCAGAGUGGUGAAGUUCGUCUCAUUCAUAAGGACUGCUGCGCGACUGUUGGCGUCGCUAGCAACCCUAACCACCAGUACCGCCAGCUUGGUAAGGCUGGUCGCUCCCGUUGGCUCAACAUUCGGCCUACUGUUCGUGGUCUCGCCAUGAACGCCGCCGAACAUCCUCACGGUGGUGGUCGAGGCAAGUCGAAGGGUAAUGUUGACCCGAAGAGUCCUUGGGGUAUGCCGGCGAAAUCCGGUUACAAGACCCGUCCCAAAUGGAAGAUCAACAAGGCUGUGGUUCAUCCCAGAGAGCGCAACCAGGGCAAGCGUCGUCGUGGAUACCACUAAACGCCGUCGUGGACAUGAAAUUCUUCUUUAUUCGUUGGACCUCCUUACAGCAAUCUCACGGUUAUAUCAAAUGUGAUUUCAUCAUCGCUCGGGGUAAAAGCUGGGUAAAGCAGAGCAUGGAUCUUCGGAAUCUCCCCAUCUGUCGAAGGUCCUUCUUGUGGGUCUAGAUGGUGGGAAGUCUUUUCCUGUUCACCUUGUUGUACUAUACUUUAUUUUGUCUUGGCUACGAUGGGGGAUUCCAGCUGUCUAUACUCCAGCUCCUUUGCUUUCUAUCCGGAUUUCCUUCAUGUGUUGUUUAUGCUCCGGCGUUUCUCUUGUAUACUACAUGGGUUAGAGUACAAUCAAUCCUAUUACACAGUGCAC